GUGGGCUAGUCGCUACAAUGAGCGCAGCUCAUCAGUCCCAGUUCGUCAACGACAAGCAGAAACCUUUCACGGUUGUCAGAAACGUUCGGAGGAGAAGUACGAAGAAUAUGGAAGAAAAAGUAGUUCUGGAACGCACAAUCGGAACAACAGCGGCUAGAAGCUCGUGUCUAUCAACCAGUCAGGGUCUGGUUGCUUUUCCAGCUGGCUGCGUGUGUGUCCUGUAUAACGUAAGAAAGAACCGACAGCGUCAUGUGUUAAACCACGCCAAAAAGCCAAUUUCUUGUCUCCAUCUGUCUGCUUGUGCACGCUUUCUGGUAACAGGCGAGAGUGGCUACAACCCUGCAGUUCGGAUCUAUGAUUUGUCGGCUGGAGCAACAGAGAGUAAUUAUGGAAUUCAAGUAUCAGAGCUGAUGGGUCAUCAACAUGGAAUAUCAUGUGUUGCGUUUUCACCAAACUUGAAAUAUCUUGUGUCGGUUGGAUUUGACCACGAUAUGUUGGUUAAUUUGUGGCAAUGGAAGACUGGAACAAAAGUUGCCACAAACAAAGUGUCCACGAAAGUUCUCGGUCUGUCAUUUGCCGACAACGGAAUGUACUUUGUCACUGUGGGUAACCGUCAUGUCAAGUUUUGGUACUUCGACACGGACAAGAAAGGAAAACAACUCAAUAUGGCUCACCCACUGCAGGGAAGGUCGGGGAUAUUAGGUGAACAUCGCACACAAUGUUUUCAGGAUGUUGCGUGUGGGCGUGGUCACACAAGUCAAAAGACGUUCUGCGUUACUCGGUCUGGUCAGCUGGUUGAAUUCAGUAGUCAGAGGAUGUUGGAACGACAGGUGAACUUGAAAGCAGCACAAGCGACUUGUGUGACGGCUACGGAAAAUUACGUCAUCUGUGGCUGUUCCAAUGGGAUUAUUAGACUUUUCAGUCCACUAUCUCUGCAGUUUGUAUGCACAAUGCCUCGUCCUCAUCCCUUAAGAGUUAGUAUUCCAUCUUCUUCCUCAGAUGACAUUGAGGAUGGAGAUGAAAAGACAUUUCCUGAUGUUCUGUCUGUGUCUAUCGAUGAAUCUAACCAAAGGUUGAGUGUGUUAUAUACCGAUCAUUCGUUCUACAUUUGGAAUGUGAAAGACGUGAAUCAAGUCACAAAGUCGAAGUCAUUUCUUGCACAUUCGGAUUGCGUGUGGAGUGUGGAGACAUGCUCGAUGCUCUGUGAGGACUCCAAGUGUCCUUUGCCACCCGGGACAUUUAUUACUUGUUCAACUGAUGACACUCUCAUGUUCUGGAAUCUUGAUAAUUCUGUUGAGAGUACCAACAUAUAUUGCAAAGAUUUACAAAGAGUCAUUUAUGUCAAUGAAACGAAAGAGGACGAAUCUACAGUAUUAGAGAGAAAAGACACAGAGCAAUUGCCUUCUCCCGAUGACCCAGAUGGAGAAUCAAAGCCUGGCGUUCGUGUCGUCAAAGUCAGUCCUGAUGGUCAACACUUAGCUUGUGGUGACAGAGCAGGUAACAUCAAAGUGUAUGAUCUCAAUUUGAUGCAUCAAGUUGUUAAGAUUGAGGCUCACGAUUCUGAGGUUCUCGCACUCGAUUUCUCUCACCCAUCAUCUGGUCGAUGUUAUCUGGCCUCUUCAAGUCGAGAUCGACUAAUCCACGUGUUCAACGUAGACAACAACUACGAAUUACUCCAGACGAUUGACGAUCACUCAGGCGCUGUGACGUCAUCCUGCUUCACAUUUUUGCAGAAUCAAAUGCAUCUGAUCAGUUGUGGGGCAGAUAAGAGCAUAUUAUUCCGGAGUCUCACCACAGCUGCAGAUCCAAAGUUUGUGCUAAGUCAUCAUGUUAGUACGAAGUCAACGCUCUAUGACAUGCAGAUUGAUGCCACGGGGAAAUAUGCUGCUCUAGCUUGCCAUGACAGGAAAGUCAGAAUCUACAAUAUUAACAGUGGCAAGCUGACACGCAGUUACAAGGCCUCGACGUCGGAUGAGGGAACACUCAUUAAGAUUGAGUUGGACAGGUCUGGGUUAUACGCUGCCACCAGCGGUUCUGACAAAGUUGUUUGCCUUUAUGACUUCUACUCAGGCCAUUGCUUGGCAAGCAUAUUUGGUCAUUCAGAGCUUGUGACUGACGUGAAGUUUACACAGGAUGGUACUCGCCUGAUAUCUGUGUCUGGCGACAGCUGUGUGUUUGUAUGGAAACUGGCACCAUCACUAAUGCAAGCUGUACAAGAGAGAAUAGCUGAAUUGGAUCAGUGCAGCACCCUCAGCAACUCAGCUGUUGCAGCUAAACAAAGAAGGCGUGAGACCUAUCCAGUAUAUGACACAGCAGUUGAUGAAGCUGAUGGUGGACAAAACCCACUAGAGAGAGAUGUGAGGACAGCAUGGGUUGAGGAAGGCGGAAACAAUGAACCACACGAAGAACAGGCAGACGUGCCAUACAGAUACAGCAUCAGCAAACUGCCAGCCUGGCUACAGAGACGGGUGCGUGGAGAGCAGCAGCAAGAGCAACAGGAGACUAACAUGCAGUCUCGUGCCAAGUGGGCAGAGAGACCAUGUGUGAUGAAUUUGGCCGAACGUAACUCAUCAUCAUCAGUUGAGCCUCAUUCAGAAGACUCAACGCCAACGGAGGAGAAGUGUCAAGAAGCGAGUGAGGAAGACAAGAGUGACGACGACGAUGACACAAGUCUGGUGUUCUCAACACAGAAUGCAAUUGCCGAAGGUCCAAGUUUUUUUGAAGUGUGGACUACACCAGUUUCUUCACAAAGUGAUGCCAAUGACACCGAAGAUGAGCAGAAUGCUGAGUCGGAGCCAUCGACUCCUGAUGAGCCAGACAUUAUUUAUCUAGAACCAAUUGUUGGAGACGUUGCUGCUGCCGUUCAAGACGAGUUGUUUCGGACAACGUUCGAGAGUUUGAAUGAAUCUGUAGCCGAUCGUGUGUUUGGCCAUUACAAUGAGGGGAGCUCAGAGGCAACGAUGAGUCCGCGGAGGAGCCUAACGGCCAAAUUUCUUUCAGAAAGCAUGAAGAAGGUAUCAGUGAGGCAACAACCUGAUGGAGAAGAGAAGAGUGAAACUGAUAUUUGCGUGAACAAGAUACCAUUGCAAACUCCAACUGAGACAAAACCAGCAUCUAUGGCUGUUGAUAAAUCACAAGAAGAAGAAGAAGAAGAAGAAGAAGAAGAAGAAGAAGAAGAAGAAGAAGAAGAAGAAAAGGAAGUAGUCAGUGUUGUCUCAGAGCCAGAAAACCGAAGGCCACCAACAGUGCCAUUUGUUGGUAUUGCUACUGUGUCAGAGAAGUCGAUAGAGGAGAGAAAAACUGCGAUGGCUGAAGAAGUGAAGAGAACGAGGAAGAGACUGGAGGAGCUUGGAUGGAAGGCUCCAUCAAAGGCAGAUGCCAAACAGAAUCAAAGAGAAGAAAACAAAAGCUCAAAUGAUUCACCGCCUAAAAGGAAACAUCGCGUUUUACCUGAACAACCGGCUGAAUCUCCUGUUCUUGUAACACAAUCAAAGAGAGCGCAAGAAGCAAGAGCUGCACGUCGAGCAGCGAAGGCCAAUCAACCACCACCACAACCACCACCACAACAACAACAACCAGAUCAAGAGCAGGUUGUGCAGGAAGGUGCGAUUGGUGCUGCAACUGUGUUACCUGUUGAGUCCAGCAGCGAUGCGACAUCAACACAAGCUCUCCAAACAGACGACGUGGAGAAGGAGAUUAGAGACAUUCACAACCAAAUGAGACACUUACUGCAACGAUCACACACACUACUGACCGAAUGGCGAGAGAAACCGGGAGGAGGACAAAUCGUCAAGUCAUUAGAAGACAUGCUAAGAGACGUGAACGAUCAAUCAAGCAGCAGACAAACAGCAGCCAGCAUGGCUGUAGAUAGUCACACAAACGUAUUACUGGAGCAAUACUCAGACGCUCUUCUGGAGUUAGUAGGAAAGAAACUGGCAGCAAAGGGAGACGCUGAAUGAACACGCUGAAUGAACAAGUGACCAAUUAGUGUUUACAUACAUACUUGCAUACUUGUGCCACCUCUACUCUGCAGCUACCAAGCAGCCCAGUUUCAAGUAGAGAAUAUACAAUGUUGGACGAAUUGGAAAGACAAUGUGUUAUAUCUUUAUUUUUCAUAUCAGAGACGUACGGUAUUCGAUUACAUUAUAAUAUACUCUGCUA